AUGAGACGCGAUGAAGAAAUAAGUCUUGAAACUUUCACUUGUCUCGUUCCCUCUAACGACAGCACACCUGGACAAUUCUACCUUCUACCUAAAAUACACAAAGAAGGAAUCCCAGGCCGCCCAAUUGUCAGCGCUAUUGGUCAUCCAACUGAGAAAAUCUCACAGUUUUUGGACAUGCACCUACGACCUCAUGUAGAAACCAUACCGUCCUACCUCAAAGACACGACAGACUACAUGAACAAAACCCCAACUUCGAACUUGCCAGACAACACCCUUCUCGUGACUAUGGACGUUGCAUCAUUAUACACGAACAUUCCUCACGAUGAAGGCAUUGAGGCAUGCAAGGAAGUCUGGAACAGUAGAAAACACCAAAAACCGUCCACGGACUCCUUGGUUGAACUUUUAGAACAUGUACUUAAACGCAAUAACUUCAUGUUCAAUGGGGAACAUUACCUCCAAGUAAGUGGUACGGCCAUGGGAACUAAAAUGGCACCCUCGUAUGCUAACAUAUUUAUGGGUAGACUAGAAAAACAACUUUUGCUACAAGUACCCACUAAACCCCUCAGCUGGCUUAGGUUCAUCGAUGACAUAGAAAUCAAAUGGGUCGAAGGAAGGGAAAGUCUGGACAAUUUUGUGUCCUUUGUCAAUUCAUUUCACCAUAAUAUUAAGUUCACAGUGGAUAUUUCAGAUACCACCAAUACAUUUCUUGAUACAAAAUCCACUCUUAGAAAUGGUGAAAUUGAAUUUGAUCUCCAUACCAAACCGACCGACGCCCAUUUAUAUCUAAUGCCAUCCAGCUGUCACCCACAUCACAUUUUCAAGGGUUUACCGAAAGGCCUAGCAAUUCGUGCCAGACGAAUUUGUUCUAGUGAGGAAUCCUAUGAACGACAGGGUCAACAAAUAAAGUCUCAUUUAUGCAAACGAGGUUACAAGCCGCUAUCUGUCACUAAUGCCAUUGAUGAGGUUAAAACAAUCGACAGGUCUUCACUGUUGCAGUACAGGGAGAAAACGAAACGCUGUAGAGUACCUCUAGUCACCACUUACCACCCUGCAUUGAAGGACCUAAACAAAAUCCUAAAGGAUAACUUCCCGAAACUCUUGGAUAAUCCUAGAUUGGCAAGAGAAUUUGGUGAGCCACCAAUGGUGUCCUUCAGACGACCCAGGAAUAUCAAGGAUUUGGUGCCAUAA